AUGACUUCUCCCAAGUAUAGCAGCCAUUUUUCUCUCGCGAAUAUCCCAUUCGGGGUGGCAUCUUCGCCAAAACAUACCAUCCAAUGCGCAACACGACUAGAUAACACAGUCGUGUUCCUUGGUAUCUUACAGCAAGCAGGUACAUUUGAGGACGUUCGUGGGCUGCCGAAGGAUGCGUUUAAUCAGCCUACGCUGAACAAAUUCGCCGCACUCGACAAGCCAAUUCAGCGCGAAGUCCGAGCUCGAUUGCAACUCCUUUUAACCGAUGACCUGCCGCCUGGUAGCACCGAGGACAUCAGUUCGGUCAUUUUGCACAUGCCCGUCUCUGUGGGCGGCUUCACAGACUUCUCUUGCAGUCUCCAUCACGUCCGGAAUGCCGGUCGGGCGAUCCUCAACGACGAAACACCACCUCCCGGAUUCUUCAAUUUCCCGAUUGCGUAUAAUGGACGUGCCAGUACGGUGGUUGUGUCAGGGACGCCAAUUGUUCGUCCGAAAGGCCACAUUAUCGACCGAAAUGCUCCCACCGAAAAGAAGCCGAUUGUUUUCGGACCUUCGAAAGCAAUGGACUAUGAGCUAGAAGUUGGAGUGAUCGUGGGAAAGCCUGUGCCGCGGGAGAAGGGCGUGGCCGCCAGAGAUGCAGAUGAACAUAUCUUCGGAAUGGUCAUUUUGAAUGAUUGGAGCGCUCGCGACAUCCAGGGCUGCGAGAUGGUUCCUCUCGGCCCCUUGAAUAGCAAAUCGUUCGGGACAAGCAUCUCGCCAUGGAUUGUGACUCUGGAUGCUCUGCAGUCAUUCAAAGCACCCGGCCCAACGCGCGACAUUGUCCUUGCCAAUCACUUGGAGGACAUCACAACUGUAGAGGCAAGCUACGAUUUAAGUCUGAAGGUGGAGCUUAUGGCAAACGAAAACACCACUACACUCAGUCGAUCCAACUUCAGAGAUCUCCACUGGAGUGGCCGACAGAUGGUUGCUCACGCAGCUAGUAGCGGGUCAGACAUGAGGACCGGUGACAUUUUGGGAACCGGGACAGUAAGUGGCUCAGAGCAAGGUAGCUAUGGCUGUUUGCUGGAGAUGACCAAUGGAGGAAAGGAGCCAGUUGUUUUGGAGGACGACCUGAAAAGAGUCUUCCUGGAAGACGGUGAUGUAGUCCACAUGACUGCUCUGGCUGGAAAAGACGGUUCUGGGGUUGGAUUUGGUGAAUGUGUAGGCCAAUUGCUGCCAGCGCUCUGA